AUGUCACGUCAGAAAGAUGGUGAAAUACCUUCGCUCGAAGAAUUGAGUACGAUACAGUCUUCCAAGCUCGAGCAAGCUGACGCUCGCCAACGUACACAUCAGCUCAAGCAUCUUAAGGGGUUGAUCAAGGCAGCCGAUACGGCUGCGACUCAAGCUGAGCGGCGGGACCGGAAUGCCCGCAUCGCGAUCAACCGUCUUCCCGCCGAGGUGCUCGAGGAGAUAUUUGUGAUGAGCUGCACCGUCAAGCUAGCUGGAUAUAAAUUCUGGCGCUAUCAAUACAACGACAUAAUCACCGUCUGGAACCCCAUUUGGAUUCAUACGGGCGGAGCAGUGCGUCUCAUGCGUGUCUGCCAUCAUUGGAAUGAGAUCGCCUUGGGAACCCGGGAGCUCUGGAAUUCUGUUGAAACAUAUUGCGGUGAUAGAGAUCACGUCUCGCUGGCGAGGUCCAUUCGAGGCCCGCUCAAGGUGCUGGCUUGCGGUGAGCCCCAAUAUGCUGUUGCGCACGCUCUCCAAAAUGCGCAGCAUUCAUCCCGAAUCCAAGAGUUGUACUGGACGCGCCCUACAUAUUGCAAGAGCAGAAACUAUCUCGGGAUGCCCGCGCCGUCACUGAGGUCUCUCGCGUUGCAAGGUGACUGGAGUCGUACGCAGGAUGGAUCAUUCAAUCUCUUCGACAACCACACCCCGUGUCUGGAACGCCUGUCACUAUCAGCUGUGAAUUGGCUGCCCAGCAAUGCAUUCGCCAAACUGACAUUCUUGGCUCUCAACAAAUGCAAUGCACCUAAAGCUCCCAUCAAAUUACGCUGCUUGCUUGCUGGAACACCGAAUCUGGUCGAUCUCAUCCUACGAAAUGUAUCUGACAACAGCUACCGGCAUAUUCGAGUGGAAAUUGAGGCCGCGGGCAUGAAGCCUGUGUCGCUCACUCGGUUGCGCCGUUUACUGAUCGCGAAUAUGUGGGCCGACGAUAUCGAUUAUGUCUUUUGGGACGCUCGGCUAAACGGAGACGUGUCCGUCUCGAUCAAACGUAUGAAAAGGCAUGGUGACGGGAAUCAAGUUUUGGACUUGUUAUCCACCUGGUCAUUGAAUGUCCUGAAGCAACCCAAAGAGCUGGAUUUCCAGUCGGACAUCGUCAUCGUCGCUGGAGCCUCUUCCAGUCUCCGUUUUCAAGUCGAGGAAAGCAUGUCCCUCGAGGAUUGGACCGGACUUAACUGGCCAUGGAUCCUCACCCUUUCCAGCAUCUCUCAGCUGUACGUGUUUGAGCUGUUUGGGUGUGAUCCGUGCAGGGGGUCCGAUCUCGAACAUAUGCGUGCCUUUCUUAGGCAGAUGACCGCGCUUGAAACACUGUCCGUCGACAUCGAGGUCCUCACGAAGAUCGUCGAUGCACUCACACUCUUCCGAGACCCGAUCGACCCGCCUCUCUGUCCCGCACUGACGACGCUCCGUAUCGCCAUCCGUCGAGAUAGUGACUGUAACAUCAUCCUGGAUUUGGUCCUCCCGCACCGUGCGCAGCUUGGCAUCAGACACCUUUAUAUCGGGCUGGUCGAUCCUCCGAGUGGAUGCUGGAGACCUCUUCAAGCUGUGAAGGACCAACUGCAUGCCAAUUUCGAGUCGGUGAAAUUUGACUCCCUGUGGUGUGAUAAGGCGUACAGCAUCAAUUUGCCGCUGGUUUGCGAUGAGGAGGCGCAUGCUUUGUGGCCGCCCUGGCUUUAG